UUUGGAAGUGCCUGGCGACAUGGCAUGUGCAGACCUUUGCCUUUGGGCGAUCAAGCAUUGUCCUUUGUGAUUCAGUUGUAGCUACAUAAAUACCUCUAAAAGUAAAAGUAAACGUCUUUCUGAAGAAUCUGGGAGCUCUGUGACUCCGUCAUCUGUAUCUUACCUGCUGUCUGGACUCGCGAGCAGCGAGUGCGUUCCUAGAGCUCACACAAUAAAUGAAAAUUUGAAUACAGAAUUUUUACUGGCUGUACCAUCGUGAGGGUACUGCACCUUGUAGAAAUAACUGGCUAGUCAUGACUCGAACACUCCGCACUGUGGAAUUCAAGGAUGAGCGAUCCACUGUUCCCAAGGGCAGCUCUGCUAAAGCUCUCGCUUCUUUUGGCAAAGAUGUAGUUGCAGGGACUUGCGGUGGCAUAGCUAUUUGUUUAGUCGGCCAUCCGUUUGAUACACUUAAAGUUCGUCUCCAGACACAGCCAACUGACCACCCCCUUUACUCCGGCUUGUUUGAUUGCUUCAAGAAAACUCUGAAAUGGGAAGGCAUGGGUGGACUGUAUCGUGGUGUUGGUUCGCCUCUUGUUGGCCAGAUGUUCUUCCGAGCAACACUCUUUUCAACCUACUACCAGACGCAAAGGAUGUUUUCAUCAUACCCCGGUCAGCGUCUUCACCAAGGUGAAUACAUGGUGUGCGGCGCCAUCACCGGUGGGGCUGUUUCCUUUGUUGAAGGUCCAGUGGAUUUAUUCAAGUCCAAGAUGCAGGCGCAGAUCAUCCGAGAACGGGUGUAUGGCGAAAAACCAGUCUACCGCAAUGUGUUUGACUGUGCCGGGCAAAUUAUGCGGAAACAUGGCAUCCGCGGUGCGUAUCAAGCUUUACCGGCUGUUGCGAUGCGCAAUGUUCCUGCCUUUGCAACGUACUUCACAACUGCUGAGGACAUCCGUAACCGCUACUCGAGGAAGCUCGGUCUGCCAGUUAGCCAGCUGCCAUUCUACGUGACAAUGGUUGCCGGAGCGACCGGAGGCAUUCUCUACUGGCUACUCUACUACCCGUUUGAUGUUGUCAAGUCAGCCAUGCAGGCGGACAAUGCGGAUAUUACGCGGCGCAAAUAUGGCUCUUUUCACGAGUGCAUCGCGGUCCUGUACCAAGAGGACGGUGUUCGCCGGUUUUACCGCGGCUUCACUCCGUGCAUGCUUCGCUCAAUCCCAGCCAAUGCUGUUCUGUUCAGUGUUGUCGAACAAGUUCGGACUUGGCUCAACAAAUACUUCACUUAAUUUAUCUUUUAACUUAUUCUGACAACAGGCGUAUUUACGUGCAAUGCAAGGUGCAUCUUCACUGUAAUAUAUUAUUUUUAAGUUAUUCUGACAGAGGUAUUCACUCUUGACUUGCAUUGCCAUAGGUAUUUCCACUCUUUUUAUUAUUUUUUAGUCGUCCACGUCAGGAUUACUGACAAAUCCGGUGCUUUUACACUGUAGCUCGUAUUAUGCGCUAGUGUAGCUGUGUUAUGACCAUUGAGUAGGCCAUAGGUGGCAAGAUGCCAAGAUGAGAAGGGAAUAGUACUCGUACUGAUGUAUAUUGUGUUUGUGAGCUAGGAAAAUGUCACUGGUGUUUAGUUCUGCUGAGGUGUAAGAGCAGGAGCCGUGUUUGUAUACGUCUCACUCUGAUUGUAGAGUGCCAAUACAACUGUGUUUCGUUGUCCAAGCACAA